AGCUGACAGAUAACACGUAAGCAUCAUUGCAAAAUCAGGCCCUUCCUGUUUUUUUCCUUGCCAAUCCUUAGAAGUUCCAGGUAGUUGCAGAGAACAUAAAACUCCGUAUGUACUCCAGGAAAUCGACCUUUUUUAAAUGAAGUGAAAGCAAUAGCCACAGACAAAUUCAUCCAGUAAGCUCAAGUUGAGCUGUUCAUGGAUGAAGAGAAAGAAACAGAACAAACUGAAAGUCAACAGACAAUCUGUUGCUUUGAUGUACUUUUAUUUAAAUAAAGUCAGUUUAUUCCCCAUUUAACUCUGUAUUUAAACUCUUAAGGGGCUGCUGAGGGCUCAAUGUAUUACUAAACGAUCCGGGUCAUGUGGAAUAAAGUAUUUUUUCUUGGCAUGGCCAAGUUGAAAUAACGGAAAAGAAAGGCACAGGCGCAUUGGUUGGAGCUCCAUUGGAGGCGCCAUUGCUUCACCACGGACUGUAGUUCAAGUUUUCCUCCCCACACAUGGAAAGUCGGUUAUGCGGAGAUAAUAAAAGACUCCAAGCCCCAGAGACGGUCGCUGCUCAUUUUCUCGUCAAGCAGGGGGAGUAGUCACAGCUGGAAGGAUAAUAAGAUGCGCAUGAAUUUACAAACUGGAAUAAAAGAUAAGAGAAAAUAAAUGGACGGCACGGUUAGUCUCAGCGAGUCUGUGUGCAAAACUACACUCGGUGUUUGUCAUGUGUAGGCUGCGGCGCUGUGCUUUUGUGCGCGACUUCAAAAAAAAGUGUAGAAGAAUAAACGUUCAGACUCCGCUUUCCUCAGUGGAUGGAGUUAAAAAGUUUCUUCAGUGCUCUCACAAUGGAAAGAAAAGCGCCCUUCGCCGAGAGUGAAGUGACAGGCUUCCUGUGGUCAGAGUGGAUUACUGACUUCAGUAAGGAGAAGGAGCAAAACUCCAGGAUAUGAAGUUUGUUGCAGUGAUCUUACUGCAGAGGUCUGCGGAUUGCUCAGAGACUUUUUCUCCAUCACCUGCCCAUCUAGUGAAUGAGCGUGCAUUGUGCGAGCUCAGGUGGGUGGAUAGGUUAUUAUCCUCUUAAUUUCUAGAAGAAAAUGCCGCUUUAAUACAAGCAUACAGUGUCGAGUCACUACUACUGAUGAGGACUAAAGAUUCCCCAUACGAGUCACUCCGCAGAGGUCCAGCUGUGCUUUUUUCCACCAGCACUCAGUGAAUUCUCCACUAUUCAGCAUUUCACGUCGCAACUGGAAGAAACCCAAUGUCUGCCUCCUCUCCCCCGUCCUUACCUCGAGCCUUCCUCCACUCUCUCCAUCCGCACCACCCGUCAUCCGCCCUGACGCCGAGCUCACCCGGACCGCUCUACACGCGGCUGUCCAACGGCAGUCACACCGCCCCCAGCCCCACCAACUCCCGCAGCUCUUUCCAUGGGGUGUCCUUCCUGCUGCAGAUCGGACUGACCAGAGAGACGGUGAACCUGGAGGCCAGUGACCUGUCGCUGUCGGCUGUCAAGGACCUGGUGUGCUCCAUAGUGGAUCAGAAGUUCCCAGAGUGUGGCUUCUUUGGCAUGUACGACAAAAUCCUGCUGUUCCGCCACAACUUAAAUGACGAAAACAUCCUGCAGAGGCUGACCUCAGUAGAAGACAUCCAUGAAGGAGACCUCAUCGAGGUGGUCCUCUCCGCUCAAGCCACAGUUGAAGACUUCCAGAUCCGACCCCAUGCCCUCUAUGUCCACUCCUACAAGGCCCCCACCUUUUGUGACUACUGUGGGGAGAUGUUAUGGGGUCUCGUCCGUCAGGGGCUCAAAUGUGAAGGGUGUGGGCUAAAUUACCACAAGCGCUGUGCCUUCAAGAUCCCAAAUAACUGUACUGGUGUCAGGAAAAGGCGAUUGUCCAAUGUUUCACUGCCCGGACCAUCUCUAUCUGUCCCCCGACCGAUACCUGCUGAAAAUGCAGUCGUUGUCCUGGAUGAGCAGCAGAGGUCCCAUCAGGAGGCAGGGAAGCGCAUCCUGUCCUGGAGCGGCAGGCCUAUCUGGAUGGACAGGAUGGAGAAGACGCGGGUUAAGGUGCCACACACCUUUGCCAUUCACACCUACACUCGUCCGACUAUCUGCCAGUACUGCAAGCGCCUGCUCAAGGGUCUCUUUCGCCAGGGCAUGCAGUGUAAAGAUUGCAGAUUCAAUUGCCAUAAGAGAUGCGCUUCAAAGGUACCAAGGGACUGCUUAGGAGAGGUAGACUUCAAUGGAGAGCCAGCUAGCCCUGGGCCAGACUCAGACACAACCAUGGAUACCAUGGAGGUAGACAGCAGUGAUAUGGAUGGUGGCAGAUCACUGGACGAUCCAGAAGAACCUUCCACCCCAGAUGAGAGGAUGUUCGACAUGGAUUCUCCUUUGUUGGAUAGAGAGAAGGACGAAGAGCCCAUCAAGACUAUUAGCCCUUCCACUGGCAGCAACAUCCCUCUGAUGCGGGUGGUCCAGUCCAUCAAACACACCAAGAGGCGGAGCUCCACUGUGGUGAAGGAGGGCUGGAUGGUUCAUUAUACAAGCAGGGACAACCUGCGGAAGAGACAUUACUGGAGGCUGGACAGCAAGAGUCUGAGUCUCUUCCAGAACGACACCGGAGCCAAGUUCUACAAAGAAAUCCCCCUGUCUGAGAUCCUCCAGGUAGAACAGUCCAGAGACUACAGCAAUCUGGCUCAGGGCAGCAACCCUCACUGCUUCGAGAUCAUCACAGCCACCAUGGUCUACUAUGUAGGGGAGAACAACGGCGGUCACUACCACAGUCCUGCUGUGGCAGCCUCAGGAGUCGGCAUGGAGGUGGCCCAAGGCUGGGAGAAGGCCAUCAGACAGGCCCUGAUGCCUGUCACCCCUCAGCCCAGCGUAGCGAGUGCUGCUGGCCAAGGCAAAGAUCACAAAGAGCUGUCCAUCAGCAUAUCUGUGUCCAACUGCCAGAUCCAGGAGAAUGUGGAUAUUGCCUCGGUGUACCAAAUAUUCUCUGACGAAGUGCUGGGAUCGGGCCAAUUUGGCAUUGUGUAUGGAGGAAAACACAGAAAGAGCGGGAGAGAUGUGGCCAUCAAGGUAAUUGAUAAGAUGAGAUUUCCGACCAAGCAGGAGAGCCAGCUAAGGAAUGAAGUAGCCAUAUUACAGAAUCUGCACCACCCAGGUAUCGUUAACUUGGAGUGUAUGUUUGAGACGCCGGAGCGGGUGUUUGUUGUCAUGGAAAAGCUGCAUGGCGACAUGCUGGAGAUGAUCCUGUCAAGCGAGAAGAGCAAACUUCCUGAACGAAUCACCAAGUUCCUUGUCACACAGAUCCUGGUGGCCUUAAGACAUCUGCACUUCAAAAACAUUGUUCACUGUGACUUGAAGCCUGAAAAUGUACUACUGGCUUCUGCAGAGCCAUUUCCUCAGGUAAAGCUCUGUGACUUUGGCUUUGCCCGCAUCAUUGGUGAGAAGUCGUUCCGGCGAUCAGUAGUGGGCACUCCGGCUUACCUGGCUCCAGAGGUGCUGCGCAGUAAAGGCUACAACCGCUCCUUGGACAUGUGGUCGGUGGGAGUCAUUGUGUACGUCAGCUUGAGUGGGACCUUCCCUUUUAAUGAAGAUGAAGACAUUAACGACCAGAUCCAGAAUGCUGCCUUCAUGUACCCCCCUACACCCUGGAAGGACAUCUCUGCAGAGGCCACAGAUCUGAUCAACAAUCUUCUCCAAGUCAAGAUGAGGAAGAGGUACAGCGUGGACAAGUGUCUCAGCCAUCCCUGGCUACAGGACUAUCAGACGUGGCUGGACCUGAGGGAGUUCGAGACCCGACGAGGCGAGCGCUACAUCACCCACGAGAGCGAUGACGCCCGCUGGGAGGAGUACGCAGACGAGCACUGUCUUGUUUACCCCAAACAUUUUAUCAUGGCUCCCAACCUGGAUGACAUGGAAGAGGACCCCUAGUGGCACAGGAGGCUUACAACACCACAUGUAUUAAGCGCAGGGAUUGUCACGGGGACUUUUUGCAUGAAGCUUUGGGAGCGGCAGGUUUUCCCUCUUGAACUGUUUGUUGUGAAAACAGAGAGAAGCCGAUCGGGUGGAGAAUCACUCUCCAGAGGCUUUAAACGUGGGGAAAACCCAACAAAAUUUGUAGCGUCAUGCGCUGCUACAAACAGGUGGAGAUGCGUGCCCCAGAAACGCAUUAAGAAACUGUCAGGAGAGGGGAGUGGUCUCACUUCCUUUAUGUAUAGCAUGAAAACAUUCCAUGGAUUUGCUCAAUUUUUGUUCAUUUUUGAUAGCAAUCACAACUAAAAAUACACAAGUCGAACUUAAUAGCUAAUAAUCUUAAUGUAUACACAGUUUUGGACAACUUUGAGUAUUAACGGCUUGAUGUAAGAGAGGAGAUCAGCCAAAAAGAAAUGCCAGGAGUAAAGGGCACUUUUCACAAGGGAUUUACAGUCUGAGAAUGAAACACACAAGUUUGUUCUCAUUUCUGAACUGUUUGUGAGGCUGUCCUUUGGCUUGAAACUGGAACUAUCACAUGUUUGUAUGUUUUUUUAAAUGUAUUUAGUAAUUGUGGUAGGUUUUUGCACUAUAUUACUAUUGAACAUAGCAAUAGAAUAGAAACACUAUUCGCUGCUACACAAAGCAAAACAGUUUUUGCUUUUCCAGUACAAGUGCGAAGUGAUAAUCAGUAGAAAGUUUAUGCAGCUCACACAAUAUCAGCUGCUUUGGCACAAAUCCCAGCAGGUAUUUUUAAUACUGUUAGUGGCAGCUUAUAGUGUGUAAGUUUUAUCAACUUUCUCCUGGAACAAGAGACCCUGACCAAAUAUGUUAACAAAUGUUGUUCAUUUAAGUUUUUCCAAGUGUUUUCCUUGAUUAACAUUGUGGAUAUCCUUUUUUUUGUGAAGGGCAUAACCCUGAAAAUGCAAUAAUGGAGCCAAUAGGUUAAAACAAGCAAUGAACUCUUAUGUUACAGCAUCAUGUAUUUGUGUCCCCUUUUCUGUACUUUUGCAGUGUUCAUGAAUGUGACUUUUGAACACCUCCAAUUUUGAAAUUUGUGUGUUUUUGAUGCUCUGCUGGUGUCCAAAGCAUUGCAUCACCAGAGGUGGCCAGCCUAGGUUUUACAUAGAACAAAAUAUUAGUGUUGAUUUCCUUGUUUGUCAUGUUGUCUGGACCUUUUCAACAUCCCUUCUGUUGUCAGUAGACAAAGUAGAAACUAGGUAUAAUGACAUUUUGGUUCACAUGGGAGUUUGUAAUACUGCAACCUUGUAGUUUGCUCUGUUUGUGUGAUUUGGGAGUAUGUUCCGGUGUCCUGUUGUCUAUUUCCUGUCUUUGUUGCCGCUGGAUUGGCAGGUGUCAGUGUUUUGUAUAUUUCAGUACAUACCAACGGAAUAAAAACUCAGCUGUAAAUGAAA